GAAACUCUUCCUCUGAAAUGCUAGCAAACACCACAAAAGCGAAACCCACCUUCCUCUCCUUGAUUUUGGAAACGACAAGAAUAAAAAUGAAAAGACAUACAACGGCAACGGUGACGAUAGGGCAUGUAGCAGCGACGGUGACGAUAAGGCAUACACCGCCGGCGACGAAAACGACGACGACUAGGAGGGAAAUCGAAGGGUUUAGUUUUGGUUUGAUGCUAUGGGAGUUUAAAAAAAAGGGGUCGCCGUUGAAUCCGGUCCUCGCGGGCGGCAGCAAAGACAGAAGACACACCGUCACCAAAUCACGAAAGAAAAUGACUCCAGCUUCAACUAGACCGAGUAUGGUUUCGUUCUAGGUUAGAUUUUGGAUUGCAUGUGGGCCUUUUAUUUUUGUUUAAAAACUGGAUUCUGGUAUUGUUACUUUUUACGUUUUGAUUUGGGUUUUUCUAUUGUUGGCUUCGGAUCUUUUGUCGGGGAAACGGAGAGUCGCCGGUGACGAGGAUAUUUUUGGCUAGCGG